AUCUGAAGUCGAACGAAGCCUGGUGGAAAGGGACUGAAUUUCUGCAACGUCCUGAAGAAGAAUGGCCAAAUGACUUGGUUUGUGAGAGCACGGAUCCGAUUGCAAUCGCAGAAGUUACGAAACACAAAACUGCUGUCAUUCAUAGUUUAGCCAACCAAGCGAAGCCGUUAAAUUCAGACAUCAGUACUGUUAUUGACUGUCAACGCUUCAGUACUAAAAAGAGAUUAUUGAGAACAACUGCCUACGUAUUACGAUUCGUUAAGUUUUUACGCAAAGUGAAAAUUCAAAGAGAAGAAGUUAUCGAAAGAGAAAACGCAGAGACAGUGAAAGGGCUAGAUCGCCCGAACUAUCAACACUCGAACUGA